CGAUCCUUUUCCCAAUUCCUCUCUCAGAUGCUCAGGCUGCGGCACCUCAAGAAGCUCUACUUGGAAUCUCCCUCCUUCCUCCGAGGCCGUCUGGACCAGAUGCUCAGGUGCCUGCAGACCCCCUUGGACAAACUCUCCAUAUGGUUUUGCUCGCAGCUGACACAUUCAGACCUGACACACCUGUUCCAGUGCCCGAACCUCAGGCAGCUGAAGUCCCUGCAUCUGUAUGGUGCCAACCUCGCCAGUUUUAGUCCCGAACCCCUCGGAGCUCUGCUGGAGGCAGUGGCACCCACCCUCCAGGACCUGCGCCUGGAUAACUGUGGGAUGGCGGCCUCCCAAGUCGAGGCCAUCCUGCCUGUCCUGAGCCGCUGCCACCAGCUCAGGGACUUCACCAUCUCUGAGAACCACUUCUCCGUGGCCACCGUGGAGAAGCUGCUGCGCCACACAGCCGGGCUGCGCAGUUUAGAGCGCGAGCUGUACCCCGUCCCCCUGGAGUGUUACAGGACCCAAGGGACUGUGGACCAGGAGAGAGUUGCCCUGAUCCGGGCGGAGCUCACGGGGACACUGAGGGAGUUAGGACAACCCAGGACCAUCCGUCUUGUCACCAAGUACUAUAGCUCUUGGGAGGUUUAUGACGUGGCAUUUUCAGGACAUGGUGCCGGAGACUAUUUAUUGUCUUCACUAGCUGAGCAUAGAGGAGACCCCCAAAAGUUAGUGACCUUUGAAGCCCUAGCAAAGGUCAGGGCUGUGCACCACCCAGUUAAUCUAGAUGAUGGUAGCUGAAGCAUCA